AUGGCACCCCUCAUCAAGUCUCUCGCCCUUGCUGCCACAGCCCUUGCUGCCCUGACUGCUGCUGCCCCCAGCCAUGGCCACAGACACCACCACAAGCGCGGCGAAGAGGUUACCGUCUGGAAGACCGUGACCACCGUCGUCUGGACCACAGUCGACGUUACAACCACCAUCACCGCCGGCCAGGAGGCUCCUCCCACCACCAUUGUCGAGUCCACUGUCGAGGAGGCUACUGCUCCUGCUGAGCCUGAGAACGAGCACGAGCCCGAGACCACCUCUUCCUACGUUGCCCCUUCGACCACCAGCAGCACCAGCACUGCCAAGCCCACCUCGACUGCUGAGCCCGAGGUGCCAUCCGUCGAUGCCAACGUGCAGGUUCCCGAGCCUACCACUACCAGCACCACCGUCUCCACCGAAGCUCCCGCUCCCACCACGCAAAGCACCACCAUUGUUGCCGCUCCUAUCGUUGCCGUCGAGACCUCAAGCGAAGAACCCGAGCCUGCCGCUACGUCUUAUGCCAGCUCCGGCUCCAGCUCCAGCUCUAGCUCCGGAAGCAGCGGCUCCUCUGGCCCUUGCUCUUCCGAGUCUCCCUGCACUGGUCAGAUCACUUUCUACGACACCGCCACCUCCGCGAGCGCCCCUAGCAGCUGCGGCACGACCAACGACGGCAGCAGCGAGAAUGUCCUUGCUCUUCCUGUUGGUAUCAUGAAAGACAGCGACUGCGGAAGGACUGUCACUAUCAAGUACGGCGGCAAGACUUCCACGGGCACUGUUGUCGACAAGUGCAUGGGCUGCGACGACACCUCGAUUGACCUGUCGCGCCACUUCUUCAGCGAGUUGGCCUCGUUCGACGCGGGCAGACUCUUCGGUGUCGAGUGGUGGUUGGAUUAG